GUACAAUCAGUGAAAGGCGUUGCAAGUCAUGUUGUGGGCUGGUUUGUACGGGACUUCAGGCAAUUGUGGUUUUCGCCAACAGACUCUCGUGCUGAAAGUCCCAAGCCACAGUUGUCCUAGGUAGAUCGCCCUUCUCCUACAAUGCCUAAAUGUGAACUUGCCGAAAGUGUUUUCCUGCCAGGCCACUGAGGAAUUCUGCGGCCAUUGGCCAAGUCUGUACUUACGUCUUCUGAUGGAUCGAUUUUGAUUUGGCUGUGAUUGUGAGCUUGACACAUUCAAGUUACAGCAUGUCCAAGCAGCCCGUCAUCCAGCCUGCAUUCGCACCGUCAUCACAUGGUGCACCUACAUCAUGUAUGAAUGUGUCAUCAGACAUCCACAGCCACAAGGAGCGCGAUCAACAAUGCUCGCCAAUGCUGGACUCUACCUCAAACUCGCUGCUGAACUCGGCGCCUCUCUUUUGGGGUGUCCAGUUACGGCGACAGCGCUCCAUGAAUUUGAUCAAACAACCACCCCCACAGGAGCCACACAGAAAGACUUCACAGGCUGGUUUACGCUUGCAACAUCGAGACAGAUCUCCAGUUAUUUCGGCGGAAAAUCGUACAGCAGCCAACUUAGGCGAAUUGACAGCGACACCAGCAAAUGCACCCACGUUAGAAUCAUCAACAGCAAUGCCAGCGAAUGCAACAGAAUCGGGGCCAGAGGCAGCACCACAAAGCGUUCCUUCAGCCACAUCCGAUGACAAAAUAGGUAUUGGACAGAGCGAACAUGCUGAAGCAUACCGAGCCAGGAUACGUGAGUGGCGGGAGCGGGAGAAACAAGCACUCGUCAGGAAAGGACGGCCCUUGCGGUGCCCGAGAAGAAGUGCUGAACUCGCGCUGCAUCCCAAAUCUCUCGGUACUGCUGACAGUGCUCCACCGUCACCCAGCGUCCAGCAUCCUCCAUGUGCACUAGCAAAGGACAAGAAACAACACGAGCCUUGGCUGGCAUGCGAAGAAGAGGAAAUGACCAAAAGUCGGUCUUUACCCGUGUCUGUUCAAACCUCUUGGUCUCUGGAGGAGUGUACGGUUAGUGCGUCUGCUACUGUGAAAGCCAGUCCCAUCAAUAGUCCUGUCAAAGUAAGGUCAUCACCUGCCAGCAGUGCCGAUCCUUCAGCGCCUGCAAUUUCUUUCAGGCUUGGUCGAUCUUUUGAUACAGUGCCAUCGUCAACCUGCAGCCGACCGUCGCCAAAAGCUAGGCCACUGGUGCGCACCCGCUCCAAGUCGAUGUCUUUGGGGAAAGAGGCAGAUGUAUCAGAUGAGAAAAUGAGCCUGAAGAGUGAGGAAUCCUCGUCCAGCAACAGAUCCCAACGAUCACAGUCCGAUGAUCAAUAUAGAGCUCUAGAAAGCCUGCAAAGCAAACCGAUUUCCAGAGUUAGGAACCGCCUCAAGCACCUAGUGACUGCUAGUCUGACGUUGAGAUUGUUAGAGUCAUCUCGAAGCAGAGCAUCCAGAGCCUUGUCAGGCAACCCUCCCCCUGAAGGAAGCAGUUCAAGACGCAUAUCUGGUGUCGACGAGAUGCUCUCGUGCAAUCACGCGGGCACGACGCAACUUUAUAGUUUGCCAAUGUCAAGUCGACCCAACGGCAGAGCAUCCUCUGCAUCCAACUCCUGCGACUCGCAUCACAUACUGCAGAACUUAAAAUCGCGGCCGCGGAGCAGCAGUUCAUCCGAGGUUACCCACUCCAGGACACCGAGUAUUCCAGUACCUGGCAGCCGCCUAAACACCGCACCGGCAACGCUGGUAUCUGACAGUGCUGCUGCUGCUAUUAGUAGAGUAGAAAUAAUGGGGGCCAGUUUUGACAGCCAAGACGAUCCCCUUGCUAACGGUGCCAGCCUGAAAGUGUCACGGAAUCGACCCCUCCCUGCUAUGGAGGUGGCGAGUGGUGGAAUAAGUCGUAGCGGUACUACUAGUCCCCUGCUUACUCCCACACUAGAGCGAUGUCGAUUGAGUCAAGUUGAUAGCUUAUCUGCUAGUGUUGAGAGUAAUCAGAGCUUGAGGGAGUACACUGCUUCGGACGGCUACUCAUCAUCAUCAUCACGGCAGUCUGACAGAUCGGCCUUUGACCUUCCAGGAACAUCAUUGUCCUCCACAUCUCUGCGAGCCCGAUGGGUAGAACAAACAAAUCUCCGCCACUCUCAGUCAAGUGAUCUGGCUUCUCCUCCGGGAUUGCACCGCCAAGCUCUUAUGAUAAGUCGCAGUGACUCUUGCGACAAUCAGAAGCCUUUAAGCAACCGGCAGUGGGGAGUGGACGUGAAGUUCACCCGCCGCUGCACCUCUUCACAGUCGGAAGAUCAAUUUGAAAUGCUCACUUUGCCAGUGGAUAGCGGCAGCAGCAACGCGGGCGUCAGGCAGGCGUUAUCUGGACCAGAAGUUGGCAACCCAGUACGAGUGGCCAGGCUACCAGCUGGACGGGUACCUGACCGGCGUACAUCGUCAUCGUCCAACUACCGUCAUCGCACGCGCUCAGGCUCGCCAACAACGCUCAUGGAAGAAGUGCAGAGUCGGCGCCGCGUUGGGCCCAAUUCAGCAGAAACCCUGGUGCCGCUAGCGUCUGGCUUCUGGGGUGUCAAGCUAAGACGACGGCGCUCCUCAAGUCACCCUCCUAUUGUUCACCUGGGUAAAGACACUGCUGGAUCCGACCUGUCAUCUGACCUGCCAACGCACAACAAUGCUGCUGCGUCAAGCAGAAGGAGAGGAGAUCGAAGUGUGGAUAGAUCUGCUGGCAUUUCAGAAGAUCACGGGAAAAGAAGCACCAAAAGUAUGUAUGAACAGACCAAAAGUACGUAUGAACAGACCAAAAGUACGUAUGAACAGCGCAUGAAGGAGUGGCGUAGACGUGAGAAGCAAUUCCUCGUGGAGCAGAAGGAGAAGAAGCUAGAAGUGGAAUCUAAAAGACCAAUAAAAUGUCACUCGGCUUCGUCGUCCAGGACCAGCUCAAUGAAGAAGAGAAUCUCUGCACAAUCAGGACGUGGCUCCAGGGAGCAGGUUGCCGCCGAUGGCUUACGGCCAGUAGAUGGUUUUAACCAUCGGCCUCGACAUUCUAUUGCUGCUAUUAAGUCCUUUGAUGAUCACUCUGACACGGCUCGCUCGCGCUCAAAGUCUUUCUCCGUAACACAGUCAGCAGGCACUGGGGAAGAGGCUGACUUUCUGGGCUUGACAUUUGAGAACAGGAGCUUGUCUAACAGCAGCCUCAGUGAGAAGACCGAUUCAGAAGCGACUGGCUCUAGAAAUAUCUCUAAAGUGAAGUCUCGGCUCAGGAGUUUAAUCGGAGUUGGCUGGGCAUUGCGUAAACAAGAGAAUCACAGUAGCACUACUUCAAACUCCGCUCUUGUUGACAAUCAGAAGCGUUCCUCGUCCGGUGACGAGAGGAUGUGCUUUGCAGACCGGCGCACAUCCGGCGAAUCAUCUGGAAGUAAUGGUGUCCGGCCUCAACGCAUGUCCCUCGUGAAGAACACACCGACGGCCAGCAUUAGCAGUGACCAUUCUCUUCACCAUCGCAUUUCAAGUCCUGAGGAGGAUCAAAGCAUGUCAUCGCUGUCCAGUCUGAAUCGUUCCUUCUUGCUCAAGUCAGCAAUGCGCCCAUUAUCACCUGCUAUGGAACGGGCUGACAGCUGCCAAGAUGACAGUGUGUCGUGCGGUGUUACACCAUCGCUCUCCAGUGACGAUACUUCAUCCCGUGUGCGAAGUGAAUCAGCGUCGCGCAUGAGGGAUAGCGCUGAUGGAUUCUCAUUCAACUCCACUGACUCCGCGACAAAUCUGACCAUCAAGGAAUCAACCUUGCAAGGCAUUCCCAGCAGUCCCACACUGUCAAUGGGUGUGCCAGGAAGUAUUGCCGACAGGGAGAAUAUGUCCUUACUGGAUCGCAAGAAGCAUAAAAAGGGACUAAUUGCACGGGCUAUUCAUGCAACACUGUCAACAUCACCACGUCACAGUACUGACGUGGCUGGCAGCUCACCCCGGAAACGCAGUGACGACCUCGGCUCUCCCUUUCAUGGAACACCACCAGGGCACUUCAACUAUGAAGUAUCCAAUGAGCACUUAUCACCUAAGAUAUCUGAUCCUCCCAAGCGACCACCGAUGCCUCCUCCACGUGCUGCAUCAACUGGAGGCGGGAAGCACAGGUUCAGGGCAGUGGCCCGAACAGCGCUGCAGUUACAACAGCAGGCCAUGGUGGACGAGGUGCAGGAGUGCCCCUCUGACGAGUCACUUGACAAUGAAGACUCCUAUGUGUCCAGACGAGCACUGAGUGGAAUGUCUAGUCCAUAUGCAGAUGCAAGAAAUUCCUCAUAUCACUCUGGCUCACUGUCAGUUGAUGAUGACUUUGAUAACCAACGGACACUGGAGCGGAAUACCACAAAGGCAUCGCUUGCGUCCUACAUCGACCUAUCAGAAGUCGCUAGGCUGAUGGGCGAGGAGCCCAGGAACAAUACUAUCAGUGAGGAUGAUGACGUCUCCACUAACGGAGCUCUCGAGUGCGAUUCCCCCCAACUAGAUGGUGACAAUGAGCCGGUGUACCUCAAACUCAUCAGUGACGGUGAUGAAAUGUUCAUUCAAGAAAGUGAUGGCUCCCUUCAGGCCUUAGCGGAUCCCAGCCAAAACCAAUUAGCCAAGGAUAGCUGUUCGUCCUCUGUCACUCCAUAGCUUCAUUC